GAAAGAUUCAGAAAGAGAAGCAAUUAUUUUUUCUAUGACAAAAAUAAUCAUGUCAGAAUAUUGUAGGUAAAGAAAUUACCAGUUUAAGAAGUUUGUUUGCAUGCUUAAACUUUAAUUUCACAACAAAAGCCGCAGCGCUUGGAUAUAAAGCUUGUUAUCGUGUUACAUCUUGAUUGUGCACAGAAUACGGGAUAUCUGUGAUGUCGGAUAUUCAGAAUGGUCAUGUAAACGAAGAGAAACGAUUUGAUGACAUCAUCAGAUUUAGUGGAGCUAGAGAUUGUGAAGACCACGAGGACACAAUAAGAGAAAUCGCAGCUUCUCUAAUCCUGGCAAAAGUUAACUCAAAAGCAAACAAACCAAGUCAUCUUAUUUGUUGCAGAAAUUAUCUGUCAUUUUGUCCUGAAAUUUCAGAAAACAAUUACAAGAUAGAAGGAAAAAUACUGUUGCAGGAGAUUCGUGGUUUUUACGUUUCACAAAGGCAUCCGAAGUCUCUCGUAAUCCUAUUCCAACGCAGUGAAUCGCCUAACGUAACAUUGUAUGGGAUAGUACUGAGUUCGUCUGAGAAAGCUAGAAAAUUAACUAUGUUGCUUUCAGAACCGAAUACUGAGCAGGUUUUACCAAGGGAGCAAAGUAAUCCUAAAAUGAAAUCAGUUGUAAUAAGCCCCAAAGUUCAUGCUCCACAAACAACACCCCUAAAAGAUUCAAAUGAUACACCAAAAACUUAUGAAAGUCUGAAGGCACUACCACCGUCCGGCAAUAGGUUUCGUUCAGAGUUCAAAUGGAAUAAAACGGGAAAGCAACAAUACAGGGGUAAUUAUUCUCCUAGUAGUCCAGCAGUUCAAGUCAGUGGACGCUUAGCUAACGAAAACCAUCAGUCCGAAAUCGGUAAACAUCAGGUUACACAACCGAAGAGUGGUUCAUCUUCGAAUACUCAAACAAAUACGUAUGACUGUCUUUCACGAUAUAGACAAGAUCUAUCCACAUCUACCAGACACAUUCCUCCAAAAACAUUUAAUCAUGUUUCCUUCCAACAACCAGUAACACGUGGUGUCAGGCUCUUGAGCAGUAACUACCAAAUGCCUCACCACAAUUCUCCAUCAAGAAUAAACUCAGAAAGUUACGAUGAAGGAGGCUGUGAUACUCCUUUCCCUUAUGAUCCCAACGAAAACGUUGAGGCGUUUUCAAUUGGAUACUAUAACAAUGAAGAUGAUUCUAAGGUUCAAGAAUAUGACAUAUUCCAUCUAAAGGGUGAGCAGCAUACGGAAGUAGAAGAUCCGGUAGAGAAUCCUUGGGUAGAAAACAUAACAUAUAUAAGCAGCAACAGAAAUGGGGGUGCAGCUGUAACAUCCAACGGACCCAUUUACUUAUAUGUUGCACAACAAGUUAAUCCAAGAUUUGAAGUUUUGCACUAAUAAAUUAGAUUGAAUUCAAAUAUAAUAUGAAAGAAGAAAUAUAGAAAAUUGGGUCAGAGGUUUUCUUUGUUAACAACACCAUUAUCUUGUAUAUAACAUUGAAAAUAUGAAUAAUUUGUAGAGCAGUUGAUAAAUGUUUUGCAAAUGGAAUAAAUUUUUAAGAUAUUUUUUCGUCUUAUAAAUAUUCCUUAUAUAUAUUCUCUUUUUGUUAUCAUCCAUUCUAUUGAAUGAAACACAAUUCAGCUUAGUGUACAUAUUGAAACAAGUUUAUUAAAUUAACUAUGGUUUAUAAAUUUAUGUAAAAUCACAGUGGAGUAUCAUUCUAUAACAAGUUAUAAUCUACAGAUAGUAUAAAUUGGAAGUUUUGUAUUUUUAAUGGUUUCAGAAUUUCAAUUCUCCAUUUCUUUUUCAUCGGUUUAUUCAUUUAACACUUAACUUCUCAGUGUAAUAAACCACUUUGGCUUUUUUUAAUCUUUUAUUCAGAUAUAUAAUUGAAAAGUUCAAGAUUGUGCUAAAAUAAAAAAUUACCAUUAAAAUUUGUAAUAUAUUUUGUUAUACAGUUGAAGCUAGAACUUGAUGAUAUUGGAGAUUUUAUAUUCAGUUGACUUUUGUCGAUACUUUGUAACGCAUUUUGGAUUUCUGAUAGAUGAAGAAAUUAAUCAUUCAAAUAUUUAUUACUGUUUGUAUUUGGUGUAAAUUCUUUUUCGGUUGAAUUCACACAUGACUGAUCAGUAUCGCAUACAAACUAAAAGAUUGUUACUUGUGCUUUAACAUUCAAUGAUUACUAAAAAGAGAUGGAUUACUAUCAUACACCUAGGUUUGUUACAAACACUCAAAAGUUUUACGAUAAUGAAUUUUAUCCUUUGG